AUGGCGGUCGUCCGUACUUCCGCUGCGCAUGCGCAGUUUACAGGAGAGGUCACAGGUCAGAGUUGGGAGGUUCCCCAAUCAGAUAAGUUGCUUAUUGUUCUUGAAGAGAGCUACACUAAGUGCGCCGAGACAAGCGGAGUACAGAGUCCAAGAGACGGGCAGCAUCGAUGGAUUAAAGCUAUCAAGACUCUUCACGGAAACAUGAUGCCAGCCGUGGAAAACAUUCCAAGUGAUACAUCGCACCUGUUGCGGGAAAUACUUCAGAACAAAGGAAAGAACUUGAACAAUAAUGAUCCUAACAAGAGUAUGCAUGUGAUGAACCACGGACACAACCCUUCAGAGGCCAGUUCAGCUGUUAUCAUGUCUCACAGUGAAAAUGUUUCUGUUGAUGGGGAUCAUGUCUCGGAUGACCUUGACCCUCGGGUGGACAGUGAGGAGGAUAGUGUUGGCGAGGAGGAGCAGGAUAUUGGUGAGCAGAAAGAUGGAAGUUUUGGGGAGUGGCAAGCUAAUGACAGUAAAGAAGCCAAGAGGGCUCGUGUUGAAAACAUUUUGUCGAGUAUGAGACAAGGUCCAUCAGACAAUGAAGAUGUGCCUUCACUGAAGGCCAUGGAAGUCAAGAGACCCAAACGCAAACAGCUCCAGCCACAACAGCAUGAUGGCAGCAAUGGAAGUUCGGAGGGGAAGUAUCGGAAGGUGGAGCAGAUGGCCCUCCAAGAACAUAUUCGGCAGCUUCAGCAGCAGCUACAGGCAGUUAAGCGAAAAUGUGACCAGAUGUGUGAUGAAGAUCUUCCUGCAGACGAGAGAUCUGGCGACUUGAAUCACAAGAGAUCCGAUGAAGUCAUUUCCAGCAAGGAGCAAAAUGGAGUCGGAAAGUCACCAGUUCGGGAUGACUAUUUCCCUGUGAGGAGGUCUGAGCUGGACUUGAGGCAUAUGCAACAGCUCCUUCAGGAACAUGAUCGCUUUGACAAGCUGUCCAGUAGUGCUAUGUCGGUUCAACAUGUAGGGGACAUGCAGAGUGUGAUGGACUCAUUAAAAACUGAAAUAAUUGGAGCCAUUACCAAAGUGGUGGAAAAUGUGAUGAGCAAGAUGAUUGAAAAACAUGUUGUAAAAGACAAUGUCGAAACUAAGAAACCAGUUGUGGAGGAGGCGGAGAAGGUUAUCCAGGCUCCGACACCUGAACGCAAGAGCAACAACACUACCCCCAAAUCUGAUCUAUUUUCUGAUGCCUCUUUGGGCAGGCUUGGUGAGAAGCUGAGUGCGUUUGAAGCAAUUAACAGAGACAAUGAUUUAGCUCGUUCUCAACAUGUUCCUCCUCAUGUGCCUUUCCCUCAUUUUCCCUAUUACAUGCCGACACAGGUGCUGCCACCUCUGUAUGCGCAGGAACCCGAACAGACAGAGGCACUUCCUCUCAUAGUCAACACCCCGAAGAAAAAACGUACAAAAGUCACCGAUACACGUCUCUCUCCUCGAGCUAAAGCCGCCCUUCUUCAGGACAGCACUCCGAGCUCGUCUCAUCACCUCGACCUUGAACGACAUUUCCAGUCAUAUCCUCACUUCCUGCCACCGAUGUUACCAACAAGUGUUGCCAUACCGAACCCUGGGCUUCAGCAGUCAGACAUUCUCGCCUUUAGUACGCUACGGGAUAACUGUUUCCCGGAUCACCGCCUACAUAGCCACUCUCCGCCCAAUGACUCUGGCUCCCCGCGGUCCCCCUCCGAUGCCUUCUCCCACGUGGGGAAGUCGGACAUGUAUGAUGUGUCUCCCAGCAGUGAUAUGGAUGGCCAGAUGCAAAUGACCAGUAAUCUAACACCCAUGCACUUACGGAAAGCCAAGUUGAUGUUUUUCUUCGUGCGCUACCCAAGUUCUGCAAUUCUCAAGAUUUACUUCCCAGACAUCAAGUUCAACAAAAACAACACUGCCCAAUUAGUCAAAUGGUUCAGCAACUUCAGAGAGUUCUACUAUAUCCAAAUGGAGAAAUUUGCUCGUCAGUCAAUCGCGGAAGGAUGCAAGCAUAUCGAGGACCUUGUAGUGACUGCAGACUCAGAACUCUAUCGUGUCCUGAAUCUCCACUAUAACCGAAACAACCAGAUUGAGGUGCCUGAGACAUUUCGGAUUGUGGUACAAUCAACGCUACGAGAGUUUUACCGAGCUAUAUCCGCCAACAAAGAUACCGAGCCAUCUUGGAAGAAGGCCAUCUACAAGGUCAUUGCCAGAAUGGACGACUCGUUACCUGACUUUUUCAAAUCAGCAAACUGGCUGGAACGUCUUGGAGAUGCAUAAACAAUUAAGAUGUUUCACUACAUGUUGAGGUACUGUUUAUGAUGAUCAGCUGGUGAGACAAGAUACAGGAAUACCGGUUCCCUGAUUUACGGCUCCCGAGUCGUGACUGGAUCGAGUGGAGCUAGUCCAGUUUCAAACAUAUUGACUCUGAACAAGGAUUAUUGAAUAUAAACCUUUGUUUAUAAAGAUAUUUAUUUAUUUGUUUAUCAUGUGACAACAAGAAUAUGGAAAAUGCAUAUUUAUUAUUCUUUUUAUAAUUCAGAGAUAAUAUCCAUCAUUUUUAUCAAGUGCUAUGAUUAAUAUUUUAAAUAUGUUUCACUGUUUUUUUGACAUGCAACUAUUGUACGAAAUAAUGCAUAAUUAACAAUAUUCAAUAUUGUGGAAAAUAUGGCCAAGGAGCAUAAUGUGGAGGUGAUUGUGAAAUCAGACAUAAUGUGAAGAGGAAUGGUCGUGAAGUCAGACAUAAUGUUUCAUACCGUUUUUGCUGGGUUUAGCUGUUACAUACUCUAGUCACUUCAAGCAGUGUGUUCGUCUACGUCAUGGUUCGUCAAUACAUCAUAUUUAUCUGGGUUUAUUUUCAUUUCUCAGAUCUGCAUGACAGACUGUGUAUACACAUAAUGUUAUAUAUAGUUUCUGUUGACCUCGCAAAAUGCUUCGGACUAAACUGUUUACACUUAGUCCGGAAAAGAGCUUUGUCAUCACUUUGUUCACAAUCAUUACAGUUUUCUCCGCUUCUCUUGCAUUGCUUCAGGAUAAUUCUUUUGCGCAAACAAGCCAUUACUACCCAGCUUCAUAAUUUGUAACCAUGGUAACUUGUUAAAUUGUGAUCUGCUGUUGUUAAACAUUCCAUACAAUUUCAAACUUAAGCUAGAUUCAAAUGUCCAGUAUGAUAGGAAAAAUGUUGAUCUUGACCCAAAUGAUAUUACAGAAUUUGUUUUGUUUAUAUUUUGUUGUUAUAGAGAUCAAAGAUCAAAACCAACCUAAUCAAAUUUAUGUGAAAGUUCACUUUAAAUUAGAUCUUACGUAAUCAAAAUGUGUCAUAAUAAUUAGAUCAAAUUAAUUUAAAAUAUUUCUGGUACCUAAAGGGUUUCAGCUGAAAUCAAGCAAGGAGUUCACCAUAUUUUCUUGACAUGUAAUUAUUUCACAAUUCAGAAAUUUACAAAUAAUCUCAAACAUAUUCAUUGUUAGAUAAUCUCAUAUCACAAUGUUUGGAGCUAUCUCCCUUGCCAUCUCAUGGCAGCCAAGUACUGAUUUUGAACAUGUAAUCAUCAUAUUAUUCAUUUUCAUUCCUUCUUUUGCACCCCAGUAUUCAAUUUUCAAAAGUUAUAUUGAAAGAGGGUGGGUAGCAAGAAGUUUGAGGUAACACUCAUUAAUUUGGCAAAAUAUAGCAUAAAUGAUUACCAAUUAAUAACUUUAACUUUGCAGGAUGGUUGCAUUUGGGGCAACUUGAAAAUAGUGGUUGCACUUGGUGCAACAUCCCUCUGUUUACGAUUAGUUGAACCUGUUUUCACCUGUUGGUUGCACAUAGUGCAAGUCAGGCUGCAGGGAUGAUUAGACAAGUGAUUUCCAUCUACUCAACUGUAAAGAUGUUUAGAUAACUGAAACUUUCCUUCAUGGUAUUUUAUUUACUUGUGUAUUAUUGACUUGAAAACUAAGUACCUAAGUUGUUUUUGAUGAUCAUUCAGAUGAUUGUUAAUGUCAUGAAAGGUGUUGUAGAGUGGGUUAAUUCAGCAGUGUAAAACCGAUGAAGAUUCUUUGUUCAAAAUCAGUCGCUCCAAGUCCCUUUUCUCUUUACAUCACUUAGUCAGAUGUUAUUGAGAGAAAUGUGCAAUGUUCGCAGUUUUUGACCUUUCCAGAGAUCUCUGUAGGCUAAAGGUAGACAUUUGUAGACAGUAAUUUGUUUAUUUCCAAAUACAUAUAAUCUGCCUGUAUAAUAGUAUGUAGAGUAGUAGGCACAGACUGUGUUCAAACCUUUUAUCAUAUGCAUGAAUGAGCAUAAUAUUGAAAUAUUUCUUACGAUGUGUUUUUUAGAUUCUAGUUUUUCUAGCAUUAUUUGUGUUGCUAGGCAAUGACCUGUACUGGUAUACACGUGUAUAUAUACAUGCACAGAUUGAUGAGUCAGCAAUUUUAUAUGGGAUCAUUUCACAUUUUUAUUUCAUGCUUGAAACCAGUAUCCAUAGCAACUAGCUUUCACUAUGAGUAUGUACCUUGUGCAAUAACAGUUUGGACUUCCAACACCAAAGGGUUCAUGACAAUUUCAUAUUCCAUCAAAUCCAGGGGAUUAAGCAAAGGUUAUAAUUUGAAAGUACAUGACAAGUUAUUGUAUUGCAUAAUUAUUCUUUGAAGGACAUGAUGGUGUAAUUUGUGUCCUAUGUUCAUGUAUAUAUGUAUUGAACUACAAGAACAGAAUAUGAUUUGAGUUAACCUUUAAUCACUGCUAGAUCACAAACUGUGUGCAGCCUCUUGGUACAGAAAAUAUUAUACAGUGUAUGUUGCACCAUAUAGUGCGACCAGUGCUAGUGAUUGGUUGCACUUUGUGCAAUAGGGUUUGCAAUUAAUCGCAAUUAAUGAUUGUUUGGUUGCAUUGGUGCAACUUGAUAAUGUGGUUGCACUUGGUGCAACAUCCCUCUGCUUAGAUUAAUGCAACCUGUUCUCACCUCUUGGCUGCACAUUGUGCAAGUCAGGCAGUAGGGAUGAUUAGACCCUGUGAUUUCUGUCUAUGCUUUACUCAACUGUGUUGUUUUUAUUUAUUUCUUCAUUGUUUUGUUGUGAAAAUGCCCAUUGGUGCCAUGCAGUCUUUGCUCAAUACUGCGGUAAUCAAACCAUUGUCCCUAAUCGGACCUGUACGGAUCAGGAGAAUUCCAUUGAACUAGUCGUCUUUGUUGUGGUAGAGUAGAAAGCAUAAUACUUUAUAUUCGUCUAUCAUUUUCUGAUUGAAAAUCGAUGUCUGAUAUUUACCAUUCCAAAUGAUGUCAUUUACACUAUUAUAGUAUGUGUGAAAUUAUAUUUUGAGGUUGAAGUCGUGUAUUAUUAAAUAUCAGCCUUGUUCCUUUGUAUAUAAACUACUGUGAGACUUUUGUUGCCUUUUCCUUGCUGGUGGUCAGUGAGUGGUCAGUGAGUGGUCAGCUACUGCCGCUGCAAGCCUGUCAUUAUCUACUCACAGUAUUGUUAUUGCUGGCCUGUAUAAGCUGGUUCUGUGUGAAGGUUGUGGGGAGGUAACUCUUGUAGUUAGGAAUGCAUGCAACUUGUUGGAAAACAAAGACUACAGUUUGUGACACAUAUUUUCAACCUUUGUGAUUAUUUUCUGAUUGAUGAACUUUCAUUUUAAUAAUUUUUUCUAAAAGCACAUUCAGAAGAUUGUAUUUUCAAAAGUCUAUCCCUAUUUCAUGUGAGCAAAGGUUUAUGAAUGAAGUUGGCUCGGAUGACCUGAAUUGUUUAACUGUUUCAAAUAUCUUAACAUCAAGCUGAAACACCAGUCAUGCAGUACAUUGCCAUACAAACUGAAUACAUAUAUGUGCCAUAAUUAUUUCUAGGAUGAAAUUAUGUCAACAGCACUUUGUUUUCCAUCAGGUUAUCGGAUGAAAGAAAGCGGUGUAAAAUUCACCCAAAUUGUUUUCCCAGUUAAAUUAAGUUGGUUAUUUGUGUAGAACUUCAAUCCUCCUUCCCUGGUCAUGUGGAGAGCCGGACAUCCCCGGCAUCCACACUCUUGUCCAGCUGAUGCCUCCCCGCUCUACACCAUGUGGGUACAUCAGUACUACAACGUUGUAAACAGCAUCCACUGUGACAUCGUCUACCAGUGUUGACCAGGUUCCUCCAAAUUGGGUGUGGUCAGUCAACUGUGACUGGGAGAAAUUUGCCUUUCCACCUUUUCUAUAUUUUCCUAACUUUUACAUGAUAAUAUUGUAGCUGUUAUCAAAUAAAUACUUAUAAAUAAA